AUGUCAGAAGGAAACACGCAAAUAUAUUCCGCCACGUAUUCAAAUGUUCCAGUUUUUGAGUAUGUAACAUCCGAGGGCCCAAUAAUGCGCCGUAAAGGGGAUUCCUGGAUCAACGCGACGCACAUUUUGAAAAUAGCAAAGUUGCCCAAGGCAAAGAGGACGAGGAUACUCGAAAAAGAUGUACAGACUGGAAUACACGAAAAAGUACAGGGUGGUUAUGGUAAGUAUCAAGGGACUUAUGUACCAUUGAAAUUGGGUGAAGUGAUUGCACGCAAUUACAAUGUGUAUGACACAUUGAAGCCAAUAUUUGAUUUUGAGUACAUUGAAGGUAAAACUGAAACACCACCACCUGCACCCAAGCACAAUCAUGCGAGCGCAUUGAAUAUAGCAAAACGACAAGCAUCUUUACAGAAGAAAGAGCUACAAGCGAAGCAAACAAAGCAACCCAAAGUUAAAAAAUCUGGGGAUGAGCCAAAGAAACGCGGAAGACCUAAAGGCUCAACAUUGAGCUCUACUCCGAGUCUACAGCAUUCAGACACUGUACCAUUAGGAAGUAUGGUAGGUGGUUACAGCAGAGACAGCUCUUUUGCUGCCCCCAUCCCUAGAAUGAUGCGACAAAAUACCGAACAAGAUGCUCUACAUAUGAUGGCAUCGAAUAUGAAUUUGAGACAAGAGGAUUUGGCUUCUGUAGACACAGAUGAAGACGAUGAUGACGACCAUUAUGGGAAAAAUGGUGGCGCAACUUUGAAAAGAAGCAAAAGGAGUAACGGACUAUCGAUGCGUAAUGGUGAUUUUGACACUAAUGUUGACUUGCUUACCAGUAAGGAGUUGUUUGGUGUUUCACGAAAUACAUUUGAAAAAAAUGCGCACAAUAUCAAUGGGCCACAAGCAGAUUUGAUCACGCCGUAUCAUCAACCUAGUAUCAAUCUUUCACAAGACAAUCAAAUCUACGCCGAUUACUUUGCCAACUUUGUAACAUUCUUUUUGGAUGAUGAAGGGAACAAAGGUCAGGCGAAUGCAACACCGGAAAGUGUUUUGCCAGAAAAGCUUUUGAAUCCUCCGCAACCGGUUUCCAAGAUCCACAUUAACCACAGUAUCGAUAACGAAGGGAAUACCAUUUUUCAUUGGCUUUGCUCGUUGGGUUAUUUGACGCUUAUAAAGUUUUUGAUUGAGAAAUUUGAUAAAGAGAUUAGGCUUGACAUACGAAACAACAAUGGGGAGACACCCUUGAUGUUUAUGGUAAAGUUUAGUAAUUGCUUCAAUUCAAAUAGUUUUAAGGAGGUAUUGGAAGUUUUAUUUGAGUCGCUUAUACUUGUCGAUUCUAGUGGUAAAACUGUUUUGCAUCACAUAGUGGAGUAUAAAAAGGAAAAAGUUGCGGCUUAUUAUUUGGACAUUUUGUUAAAGAGUCUUGUUCAUGACAAAGAAAAAUCUAAUGAUGGCAUAGACAAUAUCACUGAGGAAAGGUUUGAAUUGAUUACAAAAUUUAUCAACCAUCAAGAUUCUGACGGAAAUACAGCAUUUCACAUAGCUGCUUACAAUUUAAACAAAAAAUUGAUAAAAGUAUUUAUUGAUUACCACAAAUUUAUUAAUUUCAGUUUAAGGAAUUUGGUUACCUGCACAGUUGAGGAUUACUUGGAGUCACACAAUUACGUUCUUCGUCUUGAUGUUGGGAGUGAUGGCGAAGAGAAUUUAAAUGAGGAAAACGCAGCACUAAUAAACAAUCAAAGACAUGAUAUGAUAGAAGAAGCAAACUCGCUUGGACAAUCGUUUGAUGCACAACUUUACAACUCGAAAAUGGCAAUAAAUUUGUAUAAUACCACCGCUAACAUCCUCACAGAAAAGAUGGCCGAAUUGUCAUACAUUAUCAAUCAAGAAUUAAAGGAAAAAGACAAUGUAGUGCUAGGCUACUUUAAGACAUUGGAGAGAGUCAAUGAAAUCAAGCUAUCGACGCAAAGAGCUAUACUAUCAAUUUUCAAAUUAGACCAUUUGAUUGAUGAUUUGGAUGAAGGACCAAAAAAGGAAAAAAUGGAUCCGUCAAGCCAAGAGUCAAAUGUACUUGAGACAGACUAUGACAACUUUGAACUGAACCAUAGGCGAGAUCAAAUCGUUCAAGAAGAAAUAAAUCGUUUGGUGAAUGAUUUGAUGUAUCAGCUAUUACACAAGCAAGAGGAGGUGAAGCAAGUAUUGAAAAAGUUGAAAAACUUUAAAGAGUUUGUACUCAGAAAAGAGUUGGAAAAGGCGUCAUUUAAGAAUGAUCUUCAGUAUGGUGACGAGUCACAAUUCGAGCUAGCGAAUCUUGUUCAACUUGAAAUUUUGAAAAAGAGGAAGUUGGUGGAUAAAAUUGUGGAUCUUGCUAAAGAUGUUCCUCCUUUGACGGAUCGUACGGAUACUUCAAAACCAAUUAUUGAACAGUAUGCUUCUGACGCAAACAAUAAGUUAAUUAAAUAUUGCAAGCUUAUCUCCUUGAGUUGUGGGAUGAGAUUUGAUGAAAUUGAAAACAAUAUAGAUCUGAUUGAGCAAAGUUUGUUGAAAAAUAGGUGA